AUGGAUCAACAACUAAAAGAGCUUAAACAGAUGUUUUUUUUGUUUGGACUUUCAAUGGUUUCAUACUAUACAUAUAUUAAACUUCAAGAAUAUGUAAAGAGACAACAGCGUCUCUCAAUAAUUAAAGAUCAUAAGAAUAUAAAAGAGAUAUCAAGAAUGCAUUUCAACGAAUAUGAGUUUAAAAUUUUAUCAGGUUUGGUAGUUCCUCGAAGAGACUCUAUAAGAUUUGAAGAUAUAGGAGGAUUAGAUCUUAUAAUAGAGGAUUUAAAAGAAACUAUAUUUUUUCCAAUGCAAGCAGCAAGUAAUCUUCCAAAUAAAGCCAAGAAUGGCAGUUUCCACAAUGACUUAUUCUCAGUACCAAAAGGUAUCCUAUUAUAUGGUCCACCAGGUACUGGUAAAACUAUGUUAGCAAAAGCAAUUUCAUAUCAUUGUGGUUAUAACUUUUUAGUAAUUGAUAAUUCAAUGUUAGAUAGUAAAUGGUAUGGAGAGACAGAGAAAAUGGUAUCAGCUAUGUUUUCAGUUGCCAAAAAGCUUCAACCAACAAUUAUAUUUAUAGAUGAAAUUGAUUCAAUGGUUUCUACUAGAGAAGAUUCAGAAAAUGAAACAUCAAAUAGUAAAAAAUCAAUACUAUUACAACAUUGGGACGGUUUCUUUAGUUCAGGUAAUGAUAAAGUUAUUGUAAUGGGUGCAACUAAUAGACCAAAUUCAAUCGAUUAUGCAUUCUUAAGAAGAUUACCAAAACGUAUAAAAGUUGAUUUACCUGAUAAAGACCAAAGAAAACAUAUUUUACAAAUUAUGUUAGAAUAUCAUGUAGAAAAUGAUUUUGAUUAUGAUAAAAUUGCAAAUUUAACAAAAGGUUAUUCAGGUUCAGAUUUAAAGGAAUUAUGUAAAAAAGCUUCAAUGCGUUUUAUGAGAUACCGACCUAAAACCGAUAAUAUAUUUGACUCAAUGAAAAUACCAUAUGAGUAUUUUGAAAAGGUGUUAUUAGGUUAA